UUUCAUUAUAGUGCAAUCUUUAGUAACAAAAAUGUACAAUUUCAUCUUUAAAAUUUUUAAUUUAUCUCUAAUACCUGUAGUUUUAGAUAUUUAUAUUUUGGUUUUAAAAUCUUAUUUUUAUCAUGUUUUAAUAACUAUAUUUUGAAAGAAAAGAUAAAAAGUCAUCGAAAGAAAAAAAAAAGAGAGACAAAGAUUUCAUGACACACCCUUUGUUCUUCUUAGUUUUCUGUCUUGUAUUGAUUCCAGCUGCAACUGCCCAUAAUCUUCAAUCCGAUGAAUGAAAAAGAACACCUCUCUCUACUAUUAUCCAGCAAAAGAGCUGACUCUGCUAAAUAUGUACUCAUAAACAAGGCAGAAUCCACCAUAAUCCCACUUCAACUACCAGAUAUUGAAAAGUCUGUCAAAAUCUCACUGCUUGGCAGAGUGCAUAUGCUUCUUUCAAAUAUCACAAUUUUUAGCGUCUUCUUCACGUGUUGAAACAGGAAACCCAGGUUUAGUCCUUGUUGCUUCAGGUGCUACUGCCAGCUUGAGCAUGAAAUGGGCUUACUCUUAUAGCACCUGGUUGAUUGUCAUUUGAGAUUGUGGAAUUGCUUCAGUUCAUGUACAUAUAUAUAUGUGUGACUCAAGAGUUUACUUAUUUACGUCUAUUUUUCCCAUUACAUUUUUCUUUUUCAAGUGAACACAAGUUCUUGGAUUUGGUAAGUAUGAGACAAGUUUUAGGGUUCUUGAGACAAAAAGAACACAAGGAUUUUCUUGGAAUAGUAUGAUUUAUUUGGAAUUAUUUUAGCAAAUCAGAGUCACUCCUCUGUUUUGUUUUUUUGUCUAUCAUUAAAAGGGUUCCAAACAAAUUAUUAAGGAAAAAUCAAAUCAAAUCCUAAUCAAGCAUGAAAUCCGUUUAUUAAUUGUAAAAUAUAUGUGGCAUUUAAUUAAUAAUAAUUAAAAAAAUCCGAGUCCUUUACUGAGGAUGAAUUUCGUUACGAAAUCGGAUAGGAAUUUCACAAGAAUAGUAAUAUUCACUAAUUCCUUCUAUAAAGAAAAACGAAAAAAAAGAACUAUUAAAUUCUCUUUUUUUUGCGCAGAAAUCUAGGAAUUCGAUCAUGGCCAUUCUCUCCGAUUACGAAGAGCCUGAACAAAACCAGCAAGCCCCAGCAUCUCCUUCUUCCUCGUUGUCCUUCAACGUAGUACUUGAUCCCUCAAACCCUCUAGGGUUAUUGGAGUCUGCCCUCAACUUUUUGUCUCAAAAGUCUGAUGUCCUCAAGACCGAUGUCUCUUGCCCUAGUUAAGGAGUUCAAGAAAAGAAUCAAGGCUGAAGAGGAUUCAAUCAAAGCCGAAGAGAAAAGACGUACCGAGGAGAAGAAGAGAGAGGAGGAGAAGAAAAGGCUACGGGUUCCAAACAAAGACAAUGGUCUUGACAUGGACAAUUACUCAUGGGCACAGACACUUCAAGAGGUUACUAUUACUGUGCCUGUCCCUCCUGGAACAAACUCUAGGGACGUUGUGUGUGAGAUGAAGAAAAAAUCUGCGAAAGUUGGACUCAAAGGUCAGCCUUCAAUUCUCGAAGGAGAACUAUUUGAGACAAUCAAGGUUGAUGAUUCUCUCUGGAAUUUGGAGGACCAAAAGACUCUUUCUGUGCAUUUGACGAAGUGCGAUAGGAUGAAUUGGUGGAAGUCCUUGUUCAAGGGUGGUUCUGAGAUUGAUAUUCAAAAAACGGAACCAGAGCCUAGCAAGCUGUCUGAUUUGGAUCCAGAAACAAGGUCCACUGUGGAAAAGAUGAUGUUUGAUCAACGACAGAAGCAGUUAGGUCUCCCUACAAGCAAAGAGAUCGAGAAUGAAGGCCUUAUGAAGCAACUCAUGGCUCAGCAUCCAUCCAAACCAUGGCAAUAAGAAUCCAAACACGAGCUUUUCCAACGUGAGGAUGACGUAGACGGUCAUCUUUGGGCUAUACUGUAGAGUAAUGCUUAGGGUUUAGAUUGAUGCUUGUGGGAUUUAGUUAUCUGCGAUCUUUAACUAGUUUCGAGUUCUAUUUUCUUUUCUGAAUGAUUAUUAGUUCUACACUGCAA